CUUUUAGAAUUUCUUACAGAAUACUAGAAAGAAAUAAGUAAAAAAGGGAGAUUUAUUUUAGGAUGGACGAUUUCAUAAUACAAAAUAUAUAUUGCUUCAAAUACAAAAUAAUUAGCCAAAAUGAAAAAAAAAUACUUAAAAUAUAUGGUUACAAUAAAUUAGAUACAUGUAAUAAUUUAAAUGACAAGACCAUAUAUUAUAUAGUCCAAGAUUUAUUACCACAAACAGAAAUAGCGCAUAGAGGAAAGAAAAGAAACUGUACCUUCUCUGCAUAUAAUUGUUUGUAAGCCCCGACCAUACAUCAACGACACAGUCUCUCUAUAUGUCUCUUUCGAGUUUCAUAAACCUCCCUUCUAUGGCGGCAGCACUCUCAUCAAUCGCCGUAACACUCAAACCACUCAACUGCUCUUUCUCUUCCUCUAACUCUCGCCUCAGUCACCACCCUAUCUCCGCCGCCGUUUUCCCACCGUCUCUCAGAUUCAACACCUUUCGAAGAUGUAAGAACAUCACCAUCUGUUUUGUCAUUGAAGAUCAGAAACAAAGCUGUCCCGACAUCUUGACGACGUCGAGGCUUGAGAAAGAGGAGAGGAAGAAGUCGGAGAGAUUCACUUAUCUAAUCGCUGCUAUGAUGUCGAGCUUCGGCAUUACUUCCAUGGCAAUCAUGUCCGUUUACUACCGAUUUUAUUGGCAAAUGAAGGGAGGUGAGGUACCAGUAUCAGAAAUGUUUGGUACAUUUGCUUUCUCAAUUGGUGCCGUCGUUGGGAUGGAAUUCUGGGCAAGAUGGGCUCAUGAAGCUCUCUGGCACACUUCGUUGUGGAACAUGCAUGAGUCUCAUCACAAACCUCGAGAAGGAGCGUUUGAGUUAAACGAUGUGUUUGCUAUAAUAAACGCGGUUCCUGCGAUUGCUCUUCUUUACUAUGGAUUCUUCAAUAAAGGACUUGUUCCGGGUCUCUGCUUCGGUGCGGGACUAGGAAUAACAGUGUUUGGAAUGGCCUAUAUGUUCGUUCACGAUGGACUUGUGCACAAGAGAUUCCCUGUAGGUCCCAUUGCCAAUGUCCCUUACUUUCGGAAGGUCGCCGCCGCUCACCAGCUACACCACACAGACAAAUUCAAAGGUGUACCAUAUGGGUUGUUUCUUGGACCCAAGGAAGUGGAAGAAGUAGGAGGCAAGGAAGAGUUGGAGAAAGAGAUAAGUAGGAGAAUCAAAUCGUACAACAAGGUUUCCACCUCUUAAUUGCUUUAGACCCAGUUUUACCUUUUUGUUCUUUUUUCUUGAUCUGGUAUUAUUUGUUGAGUUGAAGUUAAUUAAAAAAUAAGUAGGGAAGAUUCGGGCUAAUUGGCCUUUUGAGUUACAAAUUUGAAAUGACUGAAAUAUAACAAAGGCCCUUUUUCAUUUGCAA